GUCAGGCAAUUUAUACUAAAGUGACAGCUGAGUGAAUAUUUUAUUUUUAUACUUAAUUAAAAUGGAACUAGCCUUAACUAAAUUAUAUUUGGCUGUGAUUUGUGUCCAAAUAAGUGAACUAUCAUGGAUUAUUACUAGGUGGUUCAAUGAGUGUAGGGAACACUUACUGUUUUGCAUUUAGAUAUUUAUCCCCUGCUCCUCAGAAUAGCAUUCUUCUUUGGGGGAAACUACUUUUCCUGCUAGGUCACUGCAACCACUUGGCUUUCAUUGGUGCCGUGGUAUUUUUCGGUAUACUCAUUUCCAUUGUCCCAGGGGAUAUACACUGGGAUGGACCCCUGUCCAAUGUUGACAGGUUAAAACACUUCCCCAGAAAGUGUAUCUUUAACUCCAUUGACUUUUUUUUUCCUUCUUCAUCUUUGUAGAAAAGACACUGCCUGAAUCCUGAACUUACAUUGAUUUCUAACAAAUCAAACAGCCAUUUCCUCUUAGUCUUACUGGGCAUUGCAUGGAGUGAUUUUAUAAAGGAAAAAAAAUUGCCGAAGGCUAUGUAGUCCAGGAGACUGACACGAAAUCACAUUUUAAUUUUUUUCAGGGGUUACAGGCACAUUUCACUUUGGGAGUGGAAAGUAAAUUUUAAAAUUUGUAACUUCUUCCAACAAUACAACAAAUUAGUAUUUUUGUAAUUGAAUGUAAGCACCCAUGAGGAAGAACUUUUGUGUUUAUUUUACCACUUAAUCUCCAGAAGCUGGAAAAAUGCCUGCAUGGAGAAAUACUGGUUAAAUGGGUAAGUGAUUUUGUCUUGAGCAGAGUUUUGUGUUACUGAACUUGUACCUUGUACCUUUAACGAAGAUGAAUAUAGACAUAGAUAUAUAGGUAUUACUUUUGCUCUCACAAAUAUUGUUACUUACCUGUUACCUGCAAUUGGGUGGAAGAGAGUUUAUAACCCAAAAGGCUUUCUAUUUGUUUUAACUGUUGCAUGAUGCUUUGAAAAGGAAAAACAAACAAAAAACCCUGAAGUUGUAAGGCAAGACGCUUGGUGGCGCUGCAGGCUAAGAAAGUAAAAAACUAUCUCUGCAGGCACCAUAAUAGCUGAGCAGUUUCUAGCUGCUCAAAAAGGAAGUGUUUUACACCAUUAGGGGGAUAGUAGGUUUCUGAGAGGCAGCUAUCGCCAUAUCAAUCAGUGUUAAGAACUAACUCAAGAUUAUUGAACCGAGAUAGCGGAGUUGGCUGCACAGCAAUUAUUUUGUGAUUAAAUAACUGCAUCUUUUGGACCCUAAGGAACGAUGGAAACACCGCUACCCAAAGCGCCACAGAAAAGGCAAGUGACCGCCAUUAUUAUUGUAUUAAUACUAUUAAUUCUGUGGGAGGUGGACGGUAUGACCAUUAAAUAUUCGGUUCUAGAAGAGAGGGAAAGCGGCUCUUAUGUGGCCAACCUUGCAAAAGAUCUGGGGCUUGGCUUAGGGGAGCUGGAGGCACGGGACGCCCGGAUUCUUUCCAAAGGGAAUCAACAGUAUUUGCAGCUCGAGCAGAAGAGUGGGAAUUUGAUCCUAAAAGAAAAAUUGGACCGGGAAGAGUUGUGCAGUGACACAGAUCCAUGUAUACUGCAUUUCCAGGUGUUACUAAAAAGCCCAGUGCACUUUAUUCAAGGUGAACUACAGCUACUAGAUGUAAAUGACCAUGCCCCAGAAUUCCUGGAAAAUGAAAUCCUCCUGAAAAUCUCGGAAAGCAGCCAUCCAGGGACUGCAUUUCCUUUGAAAAUAGCUCAAGAUUUAGACGUGGGCAGUAACACAGUUCAGAACUACACUAUUAGCACCAACUCCCAUUUCCACCUUUUCACUCUAAAUCACAGUGAUGGCAGGAGAUACCCUGAGCUGGUGCUGGACAAAGCGCUGGACCGUGAGGAGCAGUCAGAGCUCAGGUUAACGCUCACGGCGCUGGAUGGUGGGUCACCGCCGAGAACUGGGACUUCUCAGGUUCUCAUUGUAGUCCUAGACAUAAAUGAUAAUGCCCCUGAAUUCGCUCAGCUGCUCUAUGAGGUCCAGGUCCCAGAAAACAGCCCUGUAGGUUCCCUCGUCAUCACCGUGUUUGCUACAGAUUUAGAUGCUGGGACCUAUGGAGAGUUAUCCUACUCAUUUUUCCAAUCCUCAAAUCAAGUGAUUCAGGCCUUUGAAAUAAACGCAGUCACAGGGGAAAUUCGAUUAAAAAAAACGUUGGAUUUUGAGGAAAUUCGAUCUUAUCGUUUGGAAAUUGAGGCCUCAGAUGGUGGGGGUCUUUCGGGAAAAUGCACUAUAGCCAUAGAAGUGAUGGAUGUAAACGACAACGCCCCCGAACUGACAAUGUCAGUACUCAUCAGUGAUAUCCCAGAAAACACCCCUGACACCAUCGUCGCGAUUUUCGGAAUUUCAGAUCCAGACUCCGGGGAAAAUGGCAAAAUGAUGUGUACCAUCCAAGACCAUCUCCCCUUCUUUCUGAAACUUACUGUAGAAAAUUUCUACACUUUGGUGACUGAAAGAGCGCUGGAUAGAGAGAGCCAGGCCGAGUACAACAUCACCAUCACCGUCACCGACUUAGGGACCCCCAGGCUGAAAACGCAGCACAACAUAACCGUGACGGUCUCCGACGUCAACGACAACGCCCCCGCCUUCAGCCAAACCACCUACACCCUGCGCGUCCGCGAGAACAACAGCCCCGCCCUGCACAUCGGCAGCGUGAGCGCCACGGACAGGGACUCGGGCGCCAACGCGCAGGUCACCUACUCGCUGCUGCCGCCCGCGGACCCGCAGCUGCCCCUGGCUUCCCUGGUGUCCAUCAACGCGGACAACGGGCAGCUGUUCGCGCUCAGGUCCCUGGAUUACGAGGCGCUGCAGGCGUUCGAGUUCGGCGUGCGCGCGGCCGACCGCGGCUCGCCCGCGCUCAGCAGCCAGGCGCGGGUGCGCGUGCUGGUGCUGGACGACAACGACAACGCGCCCUUCGUGCUGUACCCGCCGCAGAACGGCUCUGCGCCCUGCACCGAGCUGGUGCCCAGGGCGGCCGAGGCGGGCUACCUGGUGACCAAGGUGGUGGCGGUGGACGGCGACUCGGGCCAGAACGCCUGGCUGUCGUACCAGCUGCUCAAGGCCACGGAGCCCGGGCUGUUCGGCGUGUGGGCGCACAACGGCGAGGUGCGCACGGCGCGGCUGCUGAGCGAGCGCGACGCCGUCAAGCACAGGCUGGUGGUGCUGGUCAAGGACAAUGGCGAGCCGCCGCGCUCGGCCAGCGUCACGCUGCACGUGCUGCUGGUGGACGGCUUCUCGCAGCCCUACCUGCCGCUCCCGGAGGUGGCGGCGGCCGAGGCGCGGGCAGACCCGCUCACCGUCUACUUGGUCGUCGCCUUGGCGUCCGUGUCGUCGCUCUUCCUGUUCUCGGUGCUGGUGUUCGUGGCGGUGCGGCUGUGCAGGCGGAGCAGGGCGGCGUCUGCGGGUCGCUGCUCGGGGCCCGAGGGCCACUUUCCGGGCCACCUGGUGGACGUCAGCGGCGCGGGGACGCUAUCCCAGAGCUACCAGUACGAGGUGUGUCUUCGGGGAGGCUCGGGGACCAGUGAGUUCAAGUUUCUGAAGCCCAUUUUCCCCAACUUCGUGGGUGAAGCAGCUGGUAGGGACGCCGAGGAAAACUCUAAUUUUACAAAUAAUUUUGGGUUCACUUAGGCAUCUCACCUUAAGGGGAGAUAUAUGAUAAUACUAACUAAUGUAUUAUUAGUUCGCAACCUGUUCAUUCACAUAAAGAACUACAUAUUCACACAAUAAUUAUUGUCAUAUUUAUAGGUAUUUCAGCCUAUUGAAGUAUUUUACGUUCUGAAUCUCUGGGUUUUUGUUGGUGGUGGUGGUGGUGUUUUUAGCCAGCUCACAUUUUGCAUGUUCAUACAAUAGGGGAGAAAUGGUGUAUCUGUUUUGUGGGGGUAAGAUUUUUGGAGGUCAGAAAUGUUUUCAGGUUCCUGAUGUUUGAGCUUGUUCACUAAUAUCUUGUUAUGGCUAAGAGAAUUGUGUUUUCUGAUUAUCAUUAGCAUAGAGUAUUGUAAAUCAUGACUUCCAAUUUGAAAAAUACUUUUCAUUUAUACAAAUGAAUUAUACUUUUCAUUUAUACAAAAAAAUUUUGUCACGUUAGAAAUUGUUAGAUUUCUGUAGUAGUGUUUUGUCUUGCCUGAAAGGAACUAAUAUUUUAUCUGGGUGUCGUCUAAGUUGAGUAUUGUCUUUCAAAAUUGAUCUCUUUGGACUAUACCAUCUGAUACAAUUUUAAAGAAUUCAAUCCCUGUUAAAUAGAAAAAAAUGUUGGUAGACUUAUAAUUACUUUUUCAAAAUAAAU